AUGGUGCGAGGCGGGCGCAACGGCAGCCUGCCGGGGCCCUCCACCAUGCCGCCACACCCGGGGGUGGAGGUGCCGUACCGCUUCGAUGGUAUCCACGGCAGCCCCGCUGCCUCCGGCGUCGCGCACGUGCGCUCCACACAGACCACCGCUCAGGGCAUCCUGCGAGACAAGUCCAACACCUCUCCUUGGAUUACAGACACGCACACCUCCUCCCCGCUCUCAACCGGCCCCGCACCCCCCUACUAUGACAACAACCAACACCCGUACUACCAGGCCGACCCCAGGCGCCCACCACAGCCGUCUCGGGACCGCAUGCCGUCAGAUUCCUACCAGCAGACCCGUGGGUCAGGUCGUGGCGGCGCCGGGCCGGGCUACGGUUACGGUGCAGGAGUGGAAGACGAGCGAUAUGAG